AUGUAUCUUUGGAAUUCCGCCCACUUAGACAAUUCAGUGUUGUUCCGACGUGCAACGGAGCCUCAAACGCCUAUCAAUUCAGUAGAUGAGCAGGACAAACUGCUAAGUGAAGCCGUGACGGUUGUACGAACGCAAUCCUUCCAGAUGAAGCGUUUUCUGGACAAGGAUAGGCUUAUGGAAGCCAUGCGGUGUGCGUCAACCAUGCUAGGCGAGUUGAGAACUUCUCUGCUAUCGCCCAAAAGCUACUACGAACUGUACAUGGCCAUAACGGAUGAGCUAAGACACUUCGAGCACUAUCUACUGGACGAGUUUCAGAAGGGCCGGAAAGUACCGGAUCUCUACGAGCACGUGCAAUAUGCAGGAAACAUCGUACCACGACUCUAUUUGCUCAUUACAGUAGGUCUGGUGUACAUCAAAACGAACGGAGCUCUGAAGCGCAGUAUUCUAAAGGACCUGGUAGAGAUGUGCCGCGGUGUUCAGCAUCCGCUGAGGGGUCUAUUUCUGCGGAAUUACCUGCUUCAGUGUACGCGGAAUAUUUUACCCGACACAACGACUGUGGGCGCCACAGGCGAUGAAAACGAGGGCACUGUAAUCGACGCAAUCGACUUUGUGUUAACCAACUUCGCCGAGAUGAACAAACUUUGGGUGCGAAUCCAACACCAGGGUCACUCGAGCGAGCGAGCUCGUCGCGAGAAAGAACGCGAAGAGUUGAAGAUUUUGGUGGGAACAAAUUUAGUGCGGUUGUCACAGCUCGAAUCGGCCACGCUUGAUAUUUACCAACGGCUCAUUCUGCCAGGCAUCCUUGAGCAGGUUGUCAGCUGUCGCGAUGCGAUCGCCCAAGAGUAUCUCAUGGAGUGCAUUAUUCAAGUGUUUCCCGACGAGUUCCACCUGCAAACUCUCGACCCGUUCCUGAAGUCGUGCGCCCAACUGCAACCAGGCGUGAAUGUGAAGAACAUCAUCAUUUCGCUGAUCGACCGACUGGCACAAUACAACCAGCGCAAUGGAAAAGUUACCCAGACAUCGACCGGCACGACAGAGGUUAUCUCCGCCAUUCCAGCUGAAGUUCAGCUUUUCGAAGUGUUUAGCACGCAGAUCGCAAACAUUGUCCAACUUCGCACGGAUAUGCCGAUGGAGGAUACCGUCUCCCUGCAGGUUGCUCUCGUUAGUCUUGCUCAAAAGGUUUAUCCCGAUCGGGUUGAUUACGUUGACAAGGUCCUCGAAACCACGUCCCAGAUUCUCGAUCGCAUGAAAUCAUCCAGCAUUUCACAUUCAUUAUCCGUCAACCAGGAGCUUUCGCGGUUGUUGCGAUUGUGCGUUGAUUUUUACAACAACAUACUAACGAUAUUGGAGCUGAAGUUCUUCACACCAUUGCUGGAGAAAUUCGAUUACACUUCUCGAAAAGCGCUAGCGAUCUACAUUGUGAUGAACAUUCUCGAAAAUGAAACACUUAUACCAACGGCCGAACACGUGGACAAUGUACUGACGAUCAUUUCUCCCCUGAUCCGAGACCAGGACGAUCAGCCAGCGGAUGUACGCGUUAACAUGGAAGAUUUUGCCGAAGAUCAAGGCAUUGUCGGGCGGUUAGUGCAUUUACUGCGCUCAGAUAACCCGGACACACAGUAUAAAAUACUGACCGCCGCAAGAAAGCAUUUUGGAAUGGGAGGACAGCAGCGCAUUCGUUACGUUCUACCUCCACUCGUCUUCCAAGCGUAUCAACUAGCUUAUAAUUACAAAUCGAUAACGGCAGAGGAUGAAAUGUGGGACAAAAAAUGUCAGAAAAUUCUGCAAUUUUGUCACAGUACCAUAGCUGUGCUGGCUAAAUCGGACCUGCCAGAGCUGGCGUUGAGAAUGUACUUGCAAGGUGCACUGUGCAUUGGUCAAAUUGCCUACACCAACCACGAAGCUGUGGCGUACGACUUUAUGACACAGGCAUUUUCGCUGUACGAAGAUGAAAUUUCCGACUCAAAGUCACAGUUUGCCGCCAUCACGUUGAUCAUAUCAACGGUUGAACAGAUGACCUGCUUCUCGGAGGAAAAUGCGGAACCAUUGCGUACGAGCUGUGCUUUAGCCGCGUCGAAGCUUCUAAAGAAGCCAGACCAGUGUCGUGCCGUGGUCACUUGCGCUAGCCUCUUUUGGAGUGGCAAACAAAACGGUCAAGAGUUGCGUGAUGAAAAGCGCACGCUUGAAUGUUUGAAAAAGGCGGCAAAGAUUGCUUCGCAAUGUCUGGAUGCUGGCGUUCAGCUGCAGUUGUAUGUUGAGCUAUUGAACCAUUACAUUUUCUAUUUUACGCGGGGAAAUGCCCAAAUCAGCGUGUCUAUGCUAAAUCAGUUGAUAGCAAAAAUCAACGAAGAGCUUCCGAAUUUGGAGCCAACGGAAGAAACAAAGCAGAUUGAGAUGCAUUAUCAAAAUACACUGGCACACAUUCGUAGCCGCAUGGAAUCAACCGAUGCUGGACUGGAGACAUCCUUCGCCGGAAUUACUUUGAACUAAGCUUCUGAAUUCAGUUAGAUUUUUUUGCCUUACGGAUGAGAGUUUGAUGAUAGUAUAUUACGGAUGAGCGAUAGAUUUAUAUUGAACAUAUUUAAAACACGAAUGAUCUAAUGAUUC